AUGAUCGGUCAUUCAACAGGCAUGCUGGGGGAAGAUGGCAUACAUGUGGAUAUGAAUCAUCUGAAGAAGGGAGAAGUCAACCUAGGCACAUCGAUCAUGGCCAUCACAUUCAAAGACGGAGUUAUACUCGGAGCCGACAGUCGAACAACCACCGGCGCAUACAUUGCCAACCGAGUGACGGACAAGCUCACACAAGUGCAUGACACCAUCUGGUGUUGUCGCUCAGGAUCAGCUGCGGACACCCAAGCGGUGGCAGAUAUCGUGCAAUAUCAUCUUGGGCUCUACGGUAUCCUCAACAACGAACCACCCACCACCCAGACUGCGGCGGCACUCUUUCAGGAACUGUGCUACGAGAACAAGGACCAAUUGAGUGCAGGAAUGAUCAUUGCCGGCUAUGACAAGCGGAAUGGUGGACAAGUCUACUCAAUACCUCUGGGCGGCUCACUGCACAAGCAGUCAUUUGCCAUUGGAGGGUCAGGAUCGACGUACAUCUACGGGUAUACCGAUGCCCACUGGAAAGACAACAUGACUGAAGAGGAAGGUGUGGAUUUUGUCAAGAACUCUCUCAGAGAAGCGAUCAAGUGGGAUGGAAGUUCCGGUGGUGUCAUCCGGAUGGUGGUUCUGACAGCCAAGGGAGCUCAACGACAUUUGUACCUACCUGACCAACAAUACAAGGGACCGGGCACUGCAAAAGGCGUAUGA